UACGAAAAUACAUAAAUUAAACAUGAAAAAUAUUUGAAUUAAUAAAUAAAAAAAGACAAUUUGCUCUGCUUUCUGACCUCUGUCCUUUGUCUUCCCCCUGUUUUCCUUCAUCUGAAGCUACCUUCCAUUCUCACUCUUCCCCCCCCUCCAAAUAAUGAAUGCAUAUUCCUCUUCCUCACCCAAACGCGCCCUUCACCUCUUCUUUCUCUCUCCUCUGAGCUGAAAACAUGCUAAAAAACCAAGCCUUUUGAAGCUUCAUCAAUGGCGGACACCAGCAACAAAAACCCAGAAGAAAUUGCGAUUCCUAUUUCACCUCUAACAAAUGAGCAAUAUCCUCAAAAGGGUUUGCAGAACAAUGAAUUUGAAGCCAAACCUACAAAUAAUCCCUCCAAAUCUCCAGAAAUUUCCACAUUUAGCUCUAGCCCUAGAAAACCCCCUUUAUAUCCAACCCCAGAAUCACCAUUAAGAAAAAGGAAAUCAUUUAAGGAAAAGACCAGAUUUGGGGAACCCUCAGUUCCUCUUGAUUCACAAACCCUUGAAAAUUUGGGGGGUUCGCCUCGGUUAUUGAACCAAGUUUCUUUCUCAGAGAAGACUCCUAGGGCUGCAGAAGCUUCUGGAAGGAAAGAGAAGGAGAAGGAGAAACAGAAGGAUGUUGGGCCAGAUGAGAAGGAGAUAUACAAGAGGGUUACAGCUCAGCUAGGUGCUAGAAAAAGUUGGAGGAUGACAAUAAAAUUGGUACUCGAGUUGCUUAUUUUCUUGUUGAUUUUAGCUUGUUUGCUCUGCAGUUUAAUUGUUGACAAAUUUAAGGGUAAAUUGUUUUGUGGUUUAGAGGUUUGGAAAUGGUUUGCGCUUUUAAUGGCUGUAUUUUCUGGUAUGUUGGUAACUGGAUGGGUUGUUCAUUGCAUUGUAUUCUUGAUUGAGUGGAAGUUUCUUCUGAAGAAGAAUGUGGUGUAUUUUACUCAUGGUUUGCAGACUAAUGUUGUGGUGUUUAUUUGGAUUGGUGUGGUUCUUGUCACUUGGGUUGUGUUGUUUAAGGUUGAUUCCGAUACUACCCAGAAAAUGACAGCAAAAACGAAGAGGAUACUUGAUUUCAUCACUAUGAGUUUAGUCUCUUUGCUAAUUGGAUCGUGUUUGUGGUUGGUUAAGACUACCUUGAUAAAGAUGUUAGCAUCUUCAUUUCAUUUGAAUAGGUUUUUUGAGAGGAUUCAAGAGGCUGUAUUUCAUCACUAUGUGCUCCAAGCACUCUCGGGCCGUCCUGUGGUUGAGUUGGCCCGGAAACUUAGUAAAGAAGAUAGUCAAGGUACUCAGGUGAGCUUUAGGGAGCAUACGGGAAGCCGUACUCAGAAUAGGGUGGUGGAUUGGGAGAAGAUUCACCAAAUGAAGAAGGAGAAAGUACCUUCUUGGACUAUGAAAUUGUUGGUUGAUGUGAUAUCCAAUUCAGGUUUAUCAACAAUGUCCAGUAUAUUCAAUCAAGAUGUGGUUGAAGGAGGGGUUGAAUUAGAUGAUGAUGAAAUUACAUGCGAGGAGGAGGCUAUAGCAACUGCUGUUAGGAUAUUCUACAAUGUGAUUGGUGAUAAGAUUGAAAUCGAGGAAUUCUACAUUGAUAGAAGUGACCUCCAUAGGUUCAUGAUUUGGGAAGAGGUGGAUCUUGUUUUUCCCUUAUUUGAAGUCGAUGAAAAAAGACAGAUUAAUAUGAGAUCUUUUUCUAAGUGGGUGGUAAAUGUCUACAAAGAUAGGCAGGCACUCAAACAUGCUUUGAAUGACAACAAGACUGCUGUGGAUGAGUUCAACAAGCUAUUGAAUGGACUCUUGGUUAUUAUAAUCAUCGUACUCUGGCUUCUUCUGACAGAAGUUCUUACAACAAAAAUACUUCUCUUCUUCUCUUCUCAGCUUCUGGUGGCGGUUUUUGUAUUCGGGAACACUUGCAAGACCGUUUUUGAAGCAAUUAUAUUUGUUUUUGUUAUGCAUCCAUUUGAUGUUGGGGAUCGCUGUGUCAUUGAUGGAACAUUGAUGGUGGUUGAAGAGAUGAAUAUCUUAACAACAGUAUUCUUGAAAUUGGACAGGGAAAAGAUGUAUUAUCCAAAUGCAGUGUUAGCUACUAAAUCCAUUGGCAACUAUUACAGAAGUCCAGAUCAAGGAGAUAGUUUGGAGUUUGCAAUAGAUUACAGAACACCACUGCCAAAGAUUGAAAAGCUUAAAGACCAAAUAAGGCAGUACGUGGAGCGAACUUCCCACUUUUGGCACCCUGAACACAAUUUGGUUGUUAAAGAGAUAGAGAAUAUAAAUAAGAUAAAAAUGGCACUCUUUUUCACUCAUACAAUGAACUUUCAAGACAUUGUUGAGAAGGGCAAACGGAGAUCUGAAUUUGUGUUGCAAAUGAAGAGCAUAUUUGACGACCUUGAAAUCUCUUACCACCUACUGCCCCAGGAGGUUCAACUUACUAAAAUGGUUCAAAAUUUCUGAUUUAUAAGCCGCAGAGUUCAGUUGGAUAUCUGCAAUCUGCAAGUAGCUAGCAGUUUAUAAAGUCGACUAGUCGAGCCAUGCUAAAUUUAGGUUUUAUUUCCAGGAUUAUGCUCCAUGGGAUGCUUGGUGAAUGUUGCCACGGAAAACCCUGUGUUCGAUUGAGGAAGCUGUUGUUAAGAAACGCAACGCAACGUUGGUGCCUUGGCAACACAUUGUUUAAGGAUGGGUGUCUAAUUUUUGUAACAAAUUCACGGUUCUUGUAACUGUGCUUUCCCCGGUUUUCCCUUUCCGGAUUUUGUUAGGUUGUGCCAUGUGUAAUUGCGUAUAAACUCAAGCUAAUGUAGGGAAUCAGAUGUAAAUUUUGAUGCUAAUCUUAUUUUCUUCUCUUAUGUUUCAUCAAGAAAAAACAAUGAUUCAGUUUGUGUUACUGGUGUGUCAUGUACGUUGGCCAUAAAGAGGCAAAAGUAAAAUCUCAUUAUACUUUUA